CAGUGGCCGGAGACGGUAGAUUUUCCGGCAAUAUUUCAUGAGAAAUCCGGGUGGCGGCCCCAUAUGGGGUCGUCUUUGGCCUCAAGUUAUAGUGGCACUAGUCUUAAUCCUUUUCUCUAACAAUGUAUCAUCGGUUUAUGGUGAACCUUACAUCUACCAGUCUCCGCCACCACCUUCGCCUUCACCACCAUUGCUGCCUUACUAUUACAAAUCCCCACCACCACCAUCUCCAUCUCCACCACCACCAUAUUACUAUAAGUCUCCUCCGCCACCUGUUAAAUCACCUCCACCACCAGCUUACUAUUACAAAUCUCUACCACCACCUCCACCAGUGUACUAUUACAAGUCUCCACCUCCACCACCUCCUUACCACUACAAAUCUCCACCCACUCCCCCAAAAUAUUAUUACAAGUCUCCACCACCACCUCCCCCAGUAUAUUAUUAUAAGUCCCCACCUCCACCACCACCUUACCACUACAAAUCUCUGUCUCCUCCUCCAAAAUCUUAUUACAAUUCUCCACCACCAUCACCACCUUAUCAUUACAAGUCACCACCGCCACCACCACCAGUGUAUUAUUACAAGUCUCCACCUCCUCCACCACCUUACCGUUACUACAAAUCCCCACCUUCUCCUCCAAAAUAUUACUACAAGUCUCCACCACCACCUCCACCAACAUACUACUAUAAAUCUCCACCUCCACCGGUAUCUCACCCUUACCCUCACUACUAUGUUCUUACAGUGGUUGGAAAGGUUUACUGUGAGAAAUGUUAUAACUGGGAGCACCCUAUGAAGUACCGCCUAAAUAAGCAACUACAAGGUGCUGUUGUGAAUGUGAUAUGCAAGGCUGGUGAGAAGCACAUUGUUUCAUAUGGAAAGGCCAAUAAUAAGGGUGAAUAUAAUAUCACAAUUAAGGAUUUUGACUAUUCAAAGUAUGGAGUCGAAGCAUGCAAGGCUAAGCUCCAUGAAUCACCCAAGGAUUCAUCUUGCAACAUCCCCACUGACAUCCAUGAUGGCAAGAGGGGUGCCAAGCUUAAAGUAAAAUCAGAGAUGCACUACUCUAUUGUGCUUAAGGCUGAGUCAUUUGCUUAUGCACCCAAGACUCCGUACAAGGACUGUGAGAAGCCUGUUAACCCACCAUACUACUACAAAUCUCCACCACCUCCUCCAACCCCAGUUUACAAGUACAAAUCACCACGUCCUCCACCCACCUACAAAUAUAAGUCUCCUCCACCACCUCCACCUAUCUACCACUACAGGUCGCCACCUCCACCUCCACCAACUUAUCAGUACAAUUCUCCCCCACCUCCAGCUUAUGAAUACAAAUCACCACCUCCUCCACCACCUUCUUACAAAUACAAGUCUCGUCCUCCACAACCACCCACCUACCACUACAACACCACCUCCACCACCGCCAACUUACCACUAUAGUUCCUCGCCGCCUCCAAUUUAUCAAUACAAGUCUCCACCUCCUCCUCCACCCACAUACGAGUACAAGUCCCCUCCACCACCACCACCGCCUACCUAUUACUACAAGUCUCCACCUCCACCUUCGCCAACCUACCACUACACUUCUCCCCCUCCUCCAGUUUACCAAUACAAGUCACCCCCUCCCCCACCCACUUACAAGUACAAGUCUCCUCCACCACCACCAUCACCACAACCUACCUACCUUUAUAAGUCACCACCCCCACCUCUUUCAACAUACCACUACAAUUCUCCCCCUCCUCCAAUUUACCAAUACAAGUCACCUCCUCCUCCCCCACUCAGUUACAAAUACAAAUCCCCACCACCACCAUCGCCACCUACUUACUACUACCAUUCACCUCCUCCACCACCACCUAUAUACACAUAUUCAUCCCCACCUCGUCCAAUCCACUAUUAGGGUUAAAAGUUUCCCUCUUCAAUCAUGUUUUGGUUUGGAAAUUGAAAUAAAGAAAGGGCUUGUAAAGAGGAGAUUCUUGAAGAUUUUAAACUUUUCUGAUUCUGUAUUUAUUGCUUCUUCCACUUCUUUGGGAGCCAUUUUACUUUUUCAUUGUUAUCAUAUUUGAGUAGAAGUGGCUUUAAAAGUAGAACUGGGCUAAGUGGACUUAGGAGUAGGCAGGAAGUGUAGUGCCUUUCUUUCUAUUGUUGUAUUGAUUAUUCAUUACAAGGAAUAAGAUCUUACUUA